CACAUUCAUUGUUACAUUAUUCAUCUCCAUGAAGAGCAUGACGAUAAUUCCCGUUCUUUUCCUAUUCUCAUUGCUCUCAUCCAUUCCCCAUUAUUCCUAUGCUUCUGUGAAUGAUUUCUGUGUAGCAGACCUGAAGGGACCAGAUUCUCCUUCAGGCUAUAACUGCAAGCCCGUUAGUGCAGUAACCGCCGAUGACUUUGUGUAUUCCGGCUUAGUUGCCGGAGACACCAACAACACCUUCAAAGCUGCAUUAACCUCCGCAUUUGUCACCGAUUUUCCGGCCGUUAACGGGCUCGGAGUAUCGGCGGCAAGGUUAGACAUCGCGAAAGGAGGAUCGAUACCAAUGCAUACUCAUCCCGGCGCCACGGAGUUACUAAUCAUGGUGGAAGGCGAGAUAACUGCCGGGUUCAUGACACCAUUCGCACUGUAUUCGAAAACCUUGAAACCCGGAGAUGUUUUUGUUUUCCCACAAGGGCAGUUGCACUAUCAGGUGAAUUCUGGUAAGAAAAAAGCCACUGCUUUUCUUGCUUUCAGUAGUGCAAACCCUGGUGCUCAGCUUCUUGAUCUUCUUCUGUUUGGGAAUGCCUUAUCUUCUGACAUUGUGGCACAAACUACCUUCCUCGAUAUUGACCAAGUGAAGAAGCUUAAGGCUCGUUUUGGUGGAAAAAACUUGAAUAAGCAUAUGUCUAUGUAGAUAUAUGACUCCACUACUUCGUACUCCUAGUCUUUGUACCAAUGAUCUUGGAUCUUGUUAACGAUGAAUAAAUAUUAAAGUUCCCAUGCUGUUUACUAA